CAGUUUUACACUUGAGAUUUUGGUAACUUCUGCUCUUUGGAAACUGCCAGCUACAAUUAAGUAGCAUGUACAAUUAAGUGAAACCACAUGCUAAGGCAGCUUGUGUAUUUGCAAUAUCUGAACUAUGAAAUAUGUCAUUCACGUUUGGACUGGACUUUGGACUGCUAGUUUUUCUAAGUGUCAUCAUUAGAGGUCCAACCAGUGUAGCUGGUGGAUCCCUAUUGUUUAUAUAUAUUUAUUAGUGAAAGCGCCUACCAACAGAAGGCACAGACUGCUGUCUGUAUCAUUCAAAAAUAUUGUAAUUCCUUCAACAAAUAUUUCCGAAGUAUAUGCAUUUACCAACAGACUUUUUAUACAGGCAGUUUCCGAGUUAAAAACGCCCGACUUUCCGACAACUUACGUACUUAAGAAUGGACAACCUUAAAGCGUAUAAUACUACAAAUUCCGGUUAUAUUGAAUGGUUCGUAGUAACGAACGCAUGCAUUACAGCAAUCAUGAAAACAGUGCGCGACUACAAGGGUUCGUCUGGUCGAGCCAUUGGCUGAUGCGCAGCCAACCUUCAGUUUCAUUGGCUUACUGCUCAUUUCCUAUAGUGAUCAUCGCGGCGCUUCUGCAGUUCAGUCAGUUCCUAGUACUUAACCUACUGACUAUAGGGAAUGGCAUCUUCUGGAACUCUUCUGUCUGAAGAGCAGUUCAAGUGUUUCAUAUGCUCGAACGUGUUCACCAGUCCUGUCUCCACUCCAUGCGGUCACAGCUUUUGUAUAAGCUGUAUAAAUAAAUUCUGGGAUUGCAGUGAAAUUCUUAGGUGCCCAAAAUGUGAGGAGCUCUUCAUUGGAAGACCAGAGCUAUGUGAGAAUACAUUUGCUAAGGAAAUGGUUGAACAAUUCAAGAAAAGGACAGCCAAUAGUUGUGAAAUAAUCUCCCCUAGACCUGAAGUACCAUGUGAUGUUUGCACUAGCCAGAAACUCAGGGCCCAAAAGUCCUGCUUGGUGUGUCUGAUAUCUUACUGCGAACCACACCUGGAGCCUCAUCUGAGAGUCGCAGCCCUUAAGAGACACAAGCUGGUGGACCCCGUGAAGAACCUGGAGGACAGGAUGUGUAAGAAGCAUGAGAGGCCCCUAGAGCUGUUCUGCAGGCAAGAUCAGUUGUGCGUCUGUGUGCUGUGCACUGAGACAGAGCACGAGAGACACGACACAGUCCCUGUGGAGCGAGAGUGUGCUGUGAAGAAGAAUCAGGUAGGGGUGACAGGAACAGAGAUUCAGCAGAUGAUCCAGGUCAGACUGAAGAAAGUGGAGGAUCUCAAGCAGUCUGUGAAGCUCAGUAAGACCAACACAGAGAGGGAGACUGAGGAAUGUGUGCAGGUCUUCACCGAUCUGAUACGGUCUAUUGAGAAAAGCCAAGCACAACUCAUUCAGAUGAUGGAGGAGAAGCAGAAAGCAGCAGAACAGAGAACUGAAGGGCUCAUUGAAGAGUUGGAGAAGGAAAUAGCUGAGCUACACACAAGAUACACUGAGCUGGAAGAGCUCUCUCAGACUGAGGACCACAUAUGCUUCUUACAGGGUUUCCCAUCCCUCUGCAGCAUCCCACAGACCAAAAGCUGGUCUGAUAUCACUGUUCACUCAGAGCUGUUUGUGGGGACAGUAAGAAGUGCUGUGUCUAGACUGGAGAGUCUUCUCAAGAUGAAAGAGAAUAAACUUUGUGAAAAAGAGCUGAAGAGGAUCUCCCAGUAUGCAGUGAACGUGACUCUGGACCCUAAGACGGCAAACACUUGGCUUGUCUUGUCUGUGGAUGGAAAACAAGUAAGAGACGGCAACAGGCAGCAGCUUCUCCCCGACACCCCAGAGAGGUUUGACACUGCGCCCAUUGUUCUCGGGAAGGAAAGCUUCUCCUCAGGGCGACAUUACUGGGAGGUGGGGGUAGGGCAGAAAACGGCGUGGGACUUAGGAGUGGCCAGUGCGUCAGUGAAGAGGAAGGGUGUGGUCAGACUGACCCCGCAGGAUGGCUACUGGACUGUAUGCUUGAGAAGGAUGAAUGAAUACAGGGCUUGUGCUGGUGAGGCCGUGAUGCUCACCCUAGACGCUAAGCCCCAGAAGGUCGGGCUAUAUGUGGAUUACGAGGCUGGCCAGGUCUCAUUUUACAAUGUGGAGGCCAAGUCCCAUAUAUACACUUUCCAUGGCUGCAUCUUCACGGAGAAGGUUCUGCCGUUUUUCAACCCUGAUUUGAAUGAUAAUGGUGACAACAAAGCUCCACUUGUCAUUUCUCCAGUCAGUGUUAGAGGAGAAGGCGCUUGUCUGUAACUGUACGCUGAAUAUGAAAAUGCCAGAAUUAAGUACAGAGUUAUUCAGAGUUAAAGAAACUGUAAAAAGAAGUAGAAUUUUUGUCUGUGUUGGAAAAUUUAAAUAAAACAAAUGCACAGCAAAA